CUGAAAAAAUGCCUGACCAGUCGAAAGCUUCCAAGAAAGGCGGCAAGAAAGCCGUGUCCAAAGCGCAAGCCAAGGGCGGCAAGAAGGGAGACUUACUGCAUCUACGUCUACAAGGUAAUGAAACAAGUUCAUCCCGACACCGGCAUCUCCUCGAAGGCCAUGGGCAUUAUGAAUUCGUUCGUGAACGAUAUUUUCGAGCGCAUCGCGGGCGAGGCUUGCCGCCUGGCUCAUUACAACAAGCGUUCGACCAUCACCUCUCGGGAGAUCCAGACCGCCGUGCGCCUGUUGCUGCCCGGGGAACUGGCCAAGCAUGCCGUGUCGGAAGGGACAAAGGCGGUGACCAAGUACACCAGCUCCAAGUGA